UGUCUAAGCUUAACUCUCGGAAAUCGAAAAUGGUUCAAAAGUCAGAAAUCCAAAGGAAAAAAACGCCGGAAAUCUGAAUUCCGAUCGACUUCUGGUCUGCAUCAACUAAUAUUACAAAAUAAUAUUUUCUUUAAUUUAAGCUUUAUUUAUUUUAAUAUCAUUUGUAUUAUCAUGGCUGCCUCUCAUAAUCUUUCAAUUUUUACCUUCUCAAUUAUUAGACAAUAAUGAUGCCGGUGUUAUGAAAUUUGCCUUUACUUGGUUAGCAAUUGGUGGAGGUUCUUCUAAAUUACUUAUUUAUAGUUUUACAAGUAAACAAUUUCGUCAUUCAUUGUGUUGUUGUAAAGGAUUUUUCUUUGUAUCUAGAGAACAACUCCCCCCACCACCUCUAAUGCCAACAAAAACUGUUGAGGAAAGAUUGUUAGAUAGAGAUGCUAAUUCUAUGUUAGUUAAUAGAAUGUUUAUUAGUUCUCUAAUUGUACCGAGAUUAAAUUAA